AUGGCCAGUCCGCCUCCGAACCCUAGAGCUGGGGACGACGGCGGCGGGCGCGGUGCGGACGACGACUCCCCGCCCGCCGCGCCGAAGACGGUCCUAGCGCCGCCGCCCGCGCCGUCGCCGCCGCUCGCGCCGCACGGCACGCACGGCACGCACGCGCCGCAAGCGCCGCACGGCACCAAGCUGCACUACGUGGCGCUGGCCGCACCCGGGCCCAGCGGCAUCAAGCAGUGCUUCCGCACCGUGAAGGCGGCGCGGCGCGUGCCCACGCUGCCGCGCCGGCGCGAGGACCCCGCCGCCCCCGCGCCGCCGCCCGAGCCGCGCGAGCGCCGCGCGCGCCGCGACCGCUCCAAGCGCCACGUCUGCGGCACCUGCGACAAGCGCUUCUCCAGCCCCGGCAAGCUCAGCCAGCACGUCCUCUCCCAUACCGGCGAGCUCCCCUUUUCCUGCGACCUCUGCGAUAAGCGAUUCAACUCUAAAUUCAAACUCGUCCGACAUAAUCUCAUCCACAGCGAGGCCCGAGCUUUUGCGUGCAAUGUCUGCGGUAAAACAUUCAAUAGAAAAGAUCAUCUCACUAACCAUGUCAGAGUUCACAAUCCCGUCAAAAAGCUAUACACGUGUGAGAGGCCAGAUUGUAGGAAAUCAUACACCUCCCUACUUAGUUAUAGGAAGCAUGCGGCGCUGCAUUCGGCCGAGGAGGGCAACCUGCAGUGUAAGAUCUGUGAUGAAGUAUUUACUACUACGCAAGAUAUAGUUUAUCACCUAAAAGUCCAUACAGGUAGUCGGACCGUCAAAAAUGAGACUGACAAAAAAUUUACUUGCACCUAUUGCGAGCGACGGUUCUUUACAGCGAAAGACGUGCGACGCCACCAAGUCGUGCACACUGGCCGGAGAGACUUCCUGUGCCCACACUGUCCUCAAAAAUUUGGACGAAAAGACCAUCUAGUAAGACACGUUAAAAACGCUCAUCCCGAAGAAUCAUGGAGAUCCGCAGCCGUCGGCACCUCGAAGGACCCUACACCUGAAGCCUCGUCAUUUGAUGAAAUUGUAAUACCUGAGCCAGCGUCUUAUACUGAAUAUGCAAUAGAGAGUCCAGAUUACGCUUGGAAAUCACCCUCGCCGAAAGAUCCAACCCCCGAGGGCCCCACCAGGGUGCCCUCGUCUGAUAUAAUCGUGGAGAUUCCGCCUGAUUUUGAUAUAAAGAUGGAGCCGGUGGAAAUAAAGAUAGAGAGGCCCACGUCGCCGAGCUGCGAGCUUCUGCCGAUGGACUUCCCGGUGGUGUUUAUGGUGCCGCCGACUUUCCAGGCCGCGCCGGACUUGCCGUACCUCACGGAGCCGCUGCCCGAGCUGCUGCCCAGCAGUUUGAUGCUCGACGAUCCCGGGGAAGGGCCGUCGGGGCUGGCGUCGCAGAUGCUGAGUAUUCUGCCUGAGGAGGAGCCUCGGGAAGAGCCAGGUCAGCAGCGGCAGCGGCUGCCGGCCUUCACGCAGGCGUUCCAGACCGCGCAGAGCCCCAAGCCGCCGCCGCCGCCCCCUCCGCCCCACUAGCACGUAUGCUACCUCAUUAGGUAAGUGGUCUAGCUAUAGAGUAUGGAAAUGUUAACGGACUCCGUGUGAGACAGGUAUGGGACCGGUUAUUGCCAAAUUGUAUAUUUGUACGUGUCGGGUAUACCAAAAUGUUUCCGAAUUCUACAUGAAUAAGUGGUCUAGUCGUGUAUGUACUUUCGGAAUUGUAUAUUGUUUUAUUUAUAGCGUACAUGUGGCGUAGCGUUAUGGAGUAUUAUGGGACCAACUCUGAGCUAGGGUGCAGUAGAGUAGUUCUCGAGGGCCUCUGAUCAGGCCGAGUUGAUACUGAGCUAAUUUUGGUGAAACGAGUUGUUGAAUCUCCAGGAGCAUUAACCAAACACUUGCAAUUAAAGUGCAACUGAUGCUAUAUUUUCAAGUUAAAUUGUUUAAUACAAAUGUAGACUACGAAAAUGGGGACUAUGUUUGUAUGGACAACCGGUCGCGAGACGUCCCUUUCCUCUUAACAGUUGGUGCUACCACGAU